AUGUUCGGCUCGUCCGGGUCCGAGACCAAGCUGCCGCCUCAGAAGGAGGGUGACCACCUAGCGGCUCGCAAUCUCGUUUCAUCAGCCAGUGAGUACCUGCUCCCGCAAGAGUCCGUGAUACCAGCACAACCCAGGCAAGAUUUUUCUCUGCCAGAGAAGUGGCGCCUUGGUCGGUCGUUCCAGUAUACUCCUGGUUGCUCGUGA